ACGGGGGACAGAAAGAAAGAAAGAAAGAGAAGUAGCUGAUACAGAAAAGAAAAUAAAAGAAAGGUGAUUCGAGUCUUCGGCUUUUAGUGUCUCAGAAGAGCUUAUUAGGCUCUCCUAGGACGAGUCGCUGCAGUAAAAUGCCCCUAGGAUUUGUUAACUUGGGACAUCGUUAUGUGUCUGUUUGACUGAUCCAUCUGCCUGCGGCUUGUGUGGGCAAAACCUUCCACCAGAUGAAGAAACUGUCCAUGGGAAGGAGAUGCUGAAAAGCUCGAGGAACAUGGCCGUCAUCCCAUGUUCGAUUCUUCUUCUGUUCUCCGUGGUCGCUGUUCAGGUUGGAGGUCUGUUUACGGACGGUCUCGGUUUUAUUUAUCUUGAUUGUGGAUAUGGACGUGAUGCUCAAGCAUAUUACGUGGACCAAUCAUCCGGUAUAACAUACGUGUCUGAUGCUCCUUACAUAGACAGCGGCGAGAUUCAUAACAUAUCCUCAGUAGACGCAUUAGUAAAGCUCCCCCAGCGAUUCCUCACCGUGAGAAGCUUCCCUAGUGGAGCUCGGAACUGCUACACCUUCAAAUCAAUGACCCCACGGCUUAAGUAUCUCAUCAGAGCAUCAUUCUUAUAUGGCAACUAUGAUUCCAAAAACAGUUCUUCUGUUCAGUUUGAUCUCCAUCUUGACGUCAACUUUUGGAAAACGAUGACUGUGACCCGUAGAAAGGUGAGUUAUUACACAGAAACUAUCAUGGAAGCCACAACCGAUCUGAUAUCAGUUUGCCUGGUGAACACUGGUCGUGGAACUCCCUUCAUCUCUUCGCUACAGCUGAGACCGCUCAACCGCACUAUUUAUCCAGUCGUGAACGCAUCUCUCAGUCUCAUUCUCUCGUCGCGGUUUGACAUGGGGCUGACAGGUGAACCCGUGAGGUUUCCUUCCGAUCCCCAUGAUCGCAUCUGGAAUCCAUAUGCCGACACCUCUGUGACAAAGACAUCGACUAAUCUCCCAGUCGAAAAUCCUGUGGAUGAUCACUUUGAGGUACCUCUUGUCGUGAUGAAUACUGCAGUUGUCCCUGUGAACUCCAACAAAAUGGAACUCAGUUUGCCAACAGAACCUGGAGACCUCGAUGAAUACUAUGCAGUCCUACACUUCUCCGAGCUGAACCCACUGCUCCAGAAUGAAUCGAGGCAGUUCUUCGUCUACCUCGGAGGAACCUUGCUGAAUGAUGCCAAACCCUUCACCCCGGACUACCUUUCUUCCAGCGCUGUAUACAGCACAAACCCUACUUCAGCACCCACUCACUACAUCUCCCUUGUUGCCACAAGCGAUUCCACCCUUCCACCCAUCCUCAACGCAGCGGAGGUGUUUUCUGCAAUGCAGAACACGAUUGUGCCAUCAGAUAGCAGAAAUGUCGAUGCAAUGGUGGCAAUCAAAGGAACGUAUGCUGUGAAGAGGAAUUGGAUGGGUGAUCCAUGCAUGCCAAAAGCAUAUGCUUGGGAUGGAUUGAAUUGUACUGUUGAUGUAGCUGGAGUUUCAAGGAUCACUGCAGUAAAUCUUUCGCACGGUGCAUUGACUGGCGAAAUAUCAACUUCUUUUGCCAACCUCAGUGAAAUCCAAUACUUGGAUUUGUCUUACAAUAAAUUGACAGGGUCAAUACCAGCUUUUCUAGCAUAUCUGCCAUCACUGAAGUACCUAGAUUUGGCAAACAAUGAACUGAGUGGAUUAGUACCUUCUUCUCUCCUUACAAAAUCACAGAAUGGAUCACUUACUUUAAGAAUCGAGGGCAAUAGGAAUGUUUGUUUCAAUGCCACUUCAUGCGAAGCAAAGCCGAAGAAAACUUCACCAACUAUUAUUGUGAUAUCCUGCGUAGUUCCUGUCGUCUUAUUGCUGAUGCUGGUAGUCCUCUGCAUCCUGAAAAAGCAACAAGCCAGAGGUCGACACAUGAAGGGGUCGAAAGAAUACACGUUCCAGAUCGACAAUCGACGAUUCACAUACACGGAGCUGAAGAAGAUCACGAAGAACUUCGACAGAGUUCUAGGGAAAGGAGGGUUUGGGACUGUCUACUAUGGCCAACUGGAGAACGGCAUUGAAGUCGCUGUGAAGAUGCUGUCUCACACAUCAUCAGAAGAGUUUGUCACCGAGGCCCAGCAUUUGUCGAGGGUGCAUCACAGGAAUCUGGUUUCUAUGAUCGGCUACAGUAUUGAUGGAGAGCACCUGGCGUUGGUCUACGAGUACAUGUCUCAGGGAACUCUCAAAGAGCAUCUUAGAGAGUCUCGCGGCGAUAGACAUUUGAGUUGGGAACAGCGACUCCGAAUUGCUCUUGAAGCUUCACAAGGGCUGGAGUAUUUGCACACCGGAUGCAAGCCUUCACUGAUCCAUAGAGAUGUCAAGACUUCAAACAUCCUCUUGAACGAAAGAUUAGAGGCGAAGAUAUCAGAUUUUGGACUGUCCAAGGCUUUUGAAGAUGAUGAGCGCAGCCAUGUAUCAACCAAGGUCGUCGGCACCCCGGGAUACCUCGAUCCAGAGUACUACGUGAAGAACCAACUCAGCGAGAAGAGUGAUGUGUACAGCUUUGGGGUGGUUCUCCUGGAACUGAUCACAGGCCAACCUCCCAUACUAAUUGGUUCAGAAAAUAUUCACAUAGUUGAAUGGGUUUACGAAAGGCUUGCGAAAGGGAACGUAGAGGACGUCGUCGACAAAAGCCUGCAAGGUGAGUAUGAUGUGAAUUGUGCUUGGAAGAUUGCCUACGUAGCUCUCAACUGUGCCAUGGAAUCCUCCACCAAGAGGCCGACGAUGACGGAGGUGGUGAUGCAGCUGAAAGAGAGGUUGGCACUGCAGAGUAAUCUUGAUGAGACCCAACUCGAACACAAAAACACUCUGAAACUACUUAAAGAACGUGAUGAGAUGCACCAGAUCAGUACGUUUGAGAUCGAAUGUGCAAGCAUUUCAGACAAAGAUGGUCCAUCAGCAAGAUGAACUUGAUGUCACUUCUAUCAUCUCUGCUCCCAGUCUCCAUCGCAGUUCACAUGCUUCAGUAAAAGCUUAAAAUGGUUUGGAUUCCAGUGUGUUGUAUAUUAUGAUGUUGAUUCUGAUAUCAGCAGUCCACUAUUUGUUUCCUUUCCCAUACCUCUUCGAAGGCUAGGAUUGAAAGCAUAUUGCAUUUCGACAAUGAAUAGUUCCAAUAUUAUACUUGGGCGUCAGUCUUUUACGUCUGGAAUGAGUCAUCAUCUAUCUGAAUAAUAAGAACAUUGAACACUGUAACAUCUCUGUAAUUUCAUUGAAGAAUACUCGUUUUAUAUAUGGUUA